AUACUAAUCUAAAUCAAAAUAGGCCGUUUUAAUCAAUCUAUUACGGAGUAAACGCGUAAAAGGGAAUUUAAUAUCUUACAAGAACUUUAUCAUUACAAGCGGAUUUUAAAAAGGAUUCAAGAUGAGUCUGUUCAAGACGAUGGCAGCUGUCACAAUAUCUUGUGGAAAGAUGGGCAUAAGGAAUGGAAGUUUGCCCAUACGACCUCUACUGACUUGCGCCCCCGUGGCACUGACAUGGGACCGUGGUGCGCACACGCAGGACAUCACGAAGAAUAUACAAUAUAUCACCAAUGAGAAGAUCAAGCUAACGACGGAUCCAAAAACUAUGAAAUUGGACAAACAACUGAACCGUCCAACAUGCGUAAUGAUCAACUGGCUUCUGGCACGACAGAAACACGUGAUGAAAUACGCAAAUCUAUACCUCGAGCAGGGCUUCGACGUCAUCUCCGUGUCCUGCACGCCUUGGCAGCUGAUUUGGCCGCUCAAGGGUUCUCAGCUGGUAGCGGCUGAUCUUAUAAAGUUCAUGGCGGCCAAUGAAAAUGACCAACCGACCGUCCUCCACGGGUUCUCGGUGGGCGGUUACAUCUGGGGCGAGGUGUGCGUGCAUAUCAUGAAUAAUAAGGAACAAUACCAACCAGUAAUAGACCGCAUAGCGGCUCAAGUGUGGGACUCAGCCGCUGAUAUCACCGAGAUCACCAUCGGCGUGCCGGCCGCGGUCUUCCCGAAGAACAAAAUCAUGCAGAAAACACUAAAGGCGUAUAUGGAAUACCACCUGAAGACGUUCCACGACGCCGCCACCGUGCACUACAUCCGCUCGUCGCAGCUGUUCCACACCAACCUGUGCCGCGCGCCCGCGCUGUUCCUGCUGUCCGCCAGCGACCCCGUGGGCGCCGAGCGCAGCAACCGCAGCGUCUACGACAGCUGGUGCAAGAUGGGCAUCAAGUGCACGUGGCAAUGCUGGGACCGCUCUCCGCACGUGCAGCACUUCAACAAGCACCGCGACGAGUACGUGUCGCUGCUGCGCGCGCACCUGCAGCAGCACGUCGGCGCGCAACACGCGCACGCGCCCGCGGAGCUGUCGCGCGCGCACGCCCGCUGACCCGCUGCGGCCUGCCUCGGACCGUUGGCUAUUAUUCGUAUUUUUUCGUAGUUAUUACUUAAGAUGAGAGAGAGGAAAAGAAUAAACGAAAUGUUUGUUCUACCCUAUUUAUAAAUAUUAAGGAUUUUACACGUGUUACUUCAUCUUUUUAUAUUAGAUCACUAUAAUCCCUGAAAUGAUGAAUCAUUGUU